UUGACCAUGACUGACGAUAAGACCAAGCAGAAAGCCAUUGAAGCUGCUGCUGAUAUCUUUGGUAUAUUUAUCUUCCUCUACUUUGAUUCAAUUGCGGCUGAUUUAAAAGACCAGAAGCUAACAGUGAUAGGGCAGAUGGAUACUGUGGCAGUAGCGAAGAGGUUGAAGAAAAUAGGAAAAGUGGACAUUAUCUCAGUUGGGCCAGGCAAAGAGGAGAAGAAACCAGGAGAAAAGAAAGAAGAGAAGAAAGAGGAGAAGAAACCAGAAGAAAAGAAAGAGGACAAAAAAUGA